AUUUUCUUUCGGCAACAGCCAUUUUUGCUACGGCGUGCUCUCAGAGUUGAGAAGACUGAACUCCAUAAAUACCGUGAGUUUCGAUUUAUUUUGCAUUAAAAGUAAUUGUAAAUAAUUAGUAUAGCAUUACUGAAUGUUAUUAAUAUAAUAUUUUAUUCAUUUAUGUAGUUGAACAUGAAUACAAAAGAAAAAACACCUCAAGAACAGGCGCAGGAAAUAUUCCGCCAAGAAGCCCUUAAGAAACUUCAAGCACGUGGAGGAGCCGACAAAGUCCGAAUUGGUGGCAAGGGUUCUGCCAGACGUAAGAAGAAGGUAGUGCACAAAACCGCCACCACCGACGAUAAAAAACUUCAAGCAUGCUUAAAAAAACUUAGCGUAAAUAGCAUACCCGGCAUUGAGGAAGUGAACAUGAUAAAAGACGAUGGAAAUGUAAUACAUUUUAAUAACCCAAAAGUACAGGCAUCUCUGGCAGCGAAUACCUUCGCCAUUACCGGCCAUUCGGAAAUAAAACCCAUCACCGAAAUGCUACCAAACAUCUUACACCAAUUAGGAGCUGACUCAAUUACGAGCCUUAAGAAUCUGGCAACCCGAGUAACUAGUUCUGCCAACGCGAGUGGAGAAAAUAAACCCACAGCAGAAAACGAUGAAGAUGAUGAAGAAGUCCCCAACCUCGUCGGAAAUUUCGACGAACCAUCAAAAACUGAAACGUCUUGA